UGUUGGACGCGGAACGGGGUGUUUUGGACGGUAAUGCAGGUUGCAUCCGGGGCUUGAGGAGACUGCACAAGUGUCUUUUUGUUUGCAAUAGGUGUUGUUCACAACAUCAGACGCGGACCAGGUGAAAUGGCGCCGCGCACUCGCUCCGCGGCCGAGACCGACGUCAGUGGCAAGGGCAACAGCGCGCCGCAUCGCGAGGCCGACAAGGCACCAACGGCCACACGCUCAACGUCGGCUCAACUCCUUGAGCUCAUCAAGCUUGGAAGACCCAAGUUUCUUUUCUACAGCCUCGCCUGUCAUCUUGUUGGCGUCUUGAUUGCCGCGCAGCAGGGCCGAAGCAUCGACCUGGCCAGCGCCGUCGCCCUGCAAGCCACCAUUUGGCUCACCCACCUCAUGACGCACUAUGUCAACGAUUACGGCGACUAUGAAGCCGACAUGGCCAACGAGAACGCUGGCUCCUGGACCGGAGGCAGCAAGGUUCUGCGCACCGGCACCAUCCAACGCGGCACCGCCCUGCUCAUGGGCCUGGUUCUGCUCGUCGGCGCUACCCUCGCAGGGGCCACCUGUGUCGCCCGCUACGCCAUCCUGCGUGAGCACGUCUCCCUUCCCGACACCUACGAUCUCGAAACUGUCCCUGCCCUCCUGGCUGAGAUUCUGCGGGCCGCGCCCUGGCCCUUUGUCGCCUUUGGCCUGAGCACCUUUGCCGUCGCCUUUGCUUACAGCCUGCCUCCGCUGCGCUUGUCGGCCAACGCCCUCGGCGAGAUUUGCGUCAGCUACGUCCUCACCUUUGUCACCCCAGUGGUGGGCUGCCUCCUCCAAGACGGCCAGAUUGACCACCAUUUUCUCGUCAUUCUCGUGCCCAUCUUCAUGAUGAACCUCAACCGCAUGGUCAUCAUGAACAUCCCCGAUCGCGCGGGUGACGCCAAGGCACAAAAAAUCACUUCCGUCGUCCUCAUUGGCGAAGAAAAGGCCGUUCACCUCAACAACGGCAUUUACAUUUGGAUUUACGCCCUUCUCCUCCACCAACUGCCCCUCACCUUUGCCGAGCGAUGUGCCUACUUUGCCCCACUUCCGCUGCGCUUCUGGCAAAGCCUCCGCAUCAACAGCCCCGCCUGGUGGCACAACCGAGCCCUCACUGACUCCAUCCCCUUUGUGGAGAGCCUCUACAUCCUCUGCAGCGUCUCUUGCCUUUGUGUAGGCUUGGCCUACGACUUUUACUUCUCCCCCCUGUCUUCCCCUGCCCACUAGAGUGCCGCAAGCCUCCUGCGUGCCAAAAAAAAAAAAAAAACGACAGCAUCGUUAUCAAUUAAUAAUGUUUGCC